AGGAGAUCAGCUGUUAUUAUUGGAUGCGUCCUAGAAAAUUUGAAUGGUGCUCCUGCAAAGGCCGUUUGCGCAAACCGCGAAUCGCCGGGCGACGAUCAAUGAAUUUACAGGUUCCUGCUGCGCGAGUUGCCGCCUCUACGUACGGCUCCUUCCUCCUGCACCUCCACCAAUCAACCAAAAAAAAAAAGAAGAAGAAGAAGAGGAAACAAGGACACAACCUUGACCAAGAAAGCCAGAGAAAGAGAGAGAAGGAUAGUUAGAGCGGAGCGGCGGCAGCACGGUAGUCGGAGUUGGUGCACAAUCGCGCGAAGUCCGCUCCUGCAACAGCUUCAAUAACCGGAGUCAAUUGAUAACAUCGCGAAUCGUGGAUGCAGCAGUUGGUGAAGUUAGUGAUUUGGUGCUAAAGAGGAAGGAGCGAAUUAUAUAAGGAGAAUCAUCUUGUUGUAAAAGCGAUGUUUUGUUUGGACAAUGUCGUGACCGGCUUCGACAUCGAGAUGAAAAUCUCGAAGAACAACGAGGUUCUUCAGAUGAUCGAGAAGAUCCUUCUCGCGUCGAGCGGUAUCGGCCUCCUCUUCGACAUAUCCUUCUUAUGCGUGGUCCUCCGCUGCAAGAACCUCUGGACCAAAUUCUAUUUAGGUCUCGCCAAUUUGGCCAUAAUCAAUGCCAUUAUGCUGGUAAAUAUGAUGGUCUAUUACAUGAUGAAAGCCUACCGCAUCUAUGAUGAUGUCUACUUGGACUUCUUGGGAUUCCUCAAAGGCUUCGAUUAUAUGAUCAAGAUCGGGAUGGCCCUGAUGACGAUGCUCUUCUGCUUCGAGAUAGACGUUCCUCCAUCCAUGCUCUUCAUCUUCAAUUUGGUUUACUUCUUCGUCAGUCUCGGCACGAACUUCUUCUUCCACAAGUACAUCCUGCUGAUUGACAUCGCUUUCUUCUUGGUCUACGCAAUGUUGUUGAUGUUCAUGUACUAUAAGAUCAAACGGCUGGGUGCACCGUUGAAUAUACUGGAUAGGGCUCGAUACAAGCGGAUGAUCGUAUACUUCAACCACAUCAUACUCAUCACCACCUACUACAUGGCCUACCAACUCUUCGUCUACUUUAAAUGGGAAUACAUUCUCAUAUUCCAAGUACCGCAUUAUCUGGACACCUUCUGGUACUACUUCUACCUGUUCUACAUAGACGUCAACUUCAGAUUAGCCAAUCAGCACACGUUUUUCCUGUUCCAACAUUUGAAAGGAAUCCAUCUCGUCGAUGCUGCAGACAUCGAGGCUCUUCCCAUCGAAAAGAAAGGAAUGCCCGAAUGCUACUAAAAGAAAAACAUCUAUUAUUCACAAUUUCUAAAUCAUACACAACAAAUUCUUCAAAAGAAAAUUUGAGACAAUAAAAUUUUAUUUUCCAAAUUGAAUAAUCAAAUUCUGACAUAACUUUUUGACAAAAUUCAUUCAUAAACAUAUAAAUGUACACUUAGACAACUGGCAAGAUUUCGGUAUCCCUAACUAGAGAAUUCAGAAGAAGAAAA